AUGGUCAAAUUCCGAGAUACCCAAUUGGAACUACUCGGUGCAUUUGUAUCUAAGGACUCGCUCCAGCUGUGUCCCAAUGUACUCGUUCAAGGGUUCAAGUCUGUAGGGAAAACUUACACCACACAAAAAUACUUGGAGCUGCUCGAUGUCAAACAUACCAUAAUAAACUGUGACGUUUGCAUUACCCACAAGAUCCUUCUACAGCGAUGUCUUACUAAUAUAAUAGCAGACAGUGGACACUCCUACGACUUACUUAACUUCAUGUACAAAGGGUUGAGAGCAGCACGAACAUCAGUACUCUGUGAGAACUUUGCUUACUUUUUGAUGCUGUUGGAACAAUUCAUUGUGGAAACUGGUUAUAAUGACCAUCAUGUGUUAGUUUUGGACCGCUUCGAUCAAUGCUGUGACGCUACCGAUGAGCUAUUUGCUGAGUUCUUGAAACUCCGAGAGUAUUCGCUGAUCCGCAAUAUUUCGGUCAUAUUCAUCACUUCCCAUAGUGAUCCUCGAGAAAUUUCAACACUUUCACUCCCACACAUCCAUUUUGGACCCUAUUCACAGGAAGAAUUGACUACAAUUCUACAAAAUAGUCAACUUGGCCGUUUAGAGAGCGUUUCCGAUGAGCGUUCACGAUCCUUCUGGUUCCAAUUCGCAAAGAUCAUCGUGGACCUUUUCAUCGACUACACGGGAUCAGACCUCUCGCUUCUUGGGGAUUUGUGUAUGAAACUUUGGCCGAAAUUCCAGCACGCUGUCGAUCUGGGAAGGUUCCAGGCCAACGAAUUUAUCCAAAUCUAUAGAGAAUUGAAGGAAGAUAUCUUCAACGACAACGUGAUAAGCAACAGUGUUGUGGCCACGUAUGCACAGGAAGAAGCCGAAGAUGAACUGUCAAGUGCUCUCUCAGAUCUCCCCUACCAUUCAAAGUUCAUUUUAUUGGCAUCUUAUUUGGCAUCUUAUGUCGAGCCCAAAAAUGACCUCCAGGUAUUCUCUCGAAUCAGCUCCAACAAAAAGAAAAGGGAAUCUCGGCCAACAGAACUUAUCACAAGACGUCAAAUUGACAGCAGGUUGUUGACAGCAGGAUUUUUUGACUUGGAGCGCUUGAAGGCCAUUUUGUCUGUGAUUUAUAGGAACGAAUCCAAAACUAUGUCAACAGAGAACCUGGAGUUUUUCAACCUAUACCAGGAUCUCACAGAAAGGGAAAUCGCCAAAAAAGAAAACGAGCUCGCCACGUUCACUUUGAACUCUAGCGUCGACGUUAAUACUCAGUUGUCGACGUUAGUUUCGUUGGGUCUCAUCAGUCGAACCUACGCACUGGAUAUUCUCAGUUCCAAAAUCCGGUGGAAAUGCAAUGUGAACUGGGACAUCAUCAAGAGCAUCUCACAAGAAAUCCAGUUUCCUAUUAGUAAUUAUGUCCUAUAA